GUUCAGUCUCGUAUUUGGUCAACUGUCACCAAGACUCUAUAAAAUCUGAACGUCAGAAUGAUACCCAUCAUUCUCCAGUUACAGUCUCUUGUACAGACUAUUCUUUCUUGAUCUUAAAAACGCUUCAUAAACUGACGCAAUGUUGAGUCAUCUCUGUUUCUUAGUUUUGGUUGGUUGUGCGGCUGUCCUCAGCCAGGAAGAAGCUCCAUUGCCAAGUCCAGAUUUCGAGCAAAAAAUUGCUGCAGCGGUUGAGACAAUCAAACAGGCAGCUAAAGAUCUUGAGAAUGUUGAAGGUACAAAAGAUACUAGGGACCUGUCAUUGAAUGAAUACCUGUCCUCUCCAUUGAGUCGUCGUUCCAACGAAAACCUCAUUAGAAAAAGCAGAGAUUUCUGGAGUACCGUUGGGAGUGUCGCCAAAGUGGCUGGUGUAGCGGCUGCUGUCUUCGGGAAAUAAAAUCGUUUCAUUGUUGAGACUGAAAUAAUUUAAGGACAUUUCAUAACCGAAAGUAUCAGACUUAAAUUUUGUCCACUGUCCACAAAAAAAAAAUAAUUUUAGUGUCAGUUUCUUUGCUGAUAUUUUAAUUUAUACUACACAAAUAUUAAGCUGUAAGAAUGUUAAAGAUAGAUGUCAUUAAAUUUUAAAAUAAACUUAUCAUUGAAAUUAAAACACAAAAA